AUGCGAAAAAGAACUUCUCGUGCAUGGGAUCAUUUCACACGGCAAAAAAUUGAUGGAAAAAUUAAAGCAUUUUGCAAGUAUUGCGAGCGUAAGCUGGUGGGAGAAAGUUCUAGUGGGACUAGGGAUUUAAAUUCUCACAUAGAUAGGUGUCCCAUAAGAAGGGCCCAACUUGCCGCUAAUCCUAGUGCAACUGCAAGCCCUUCAGUUUCUUUUAAUUUUGAUCCUGAUUUAGCAAGGAUCAAAUUGACUCAAAAGAUUGUUAAGCACGAAUAUCCCUUGUCUAUGGUUGAGCAUAGCGGGUUUAUAGAAUAUUCAAGCACUUCAUGUCCCAUGUUUCAAAUGGUGUCAAGGAAUACAGUUAGGUCAGACAUUAUGAAAAUGUAUAAAACUGAGAAAGAAAAGUGCAGGCAAAAUUUUGAAAAAAGUAGGAGCAGAAUAGCCAUAACCAGUGACAUGUGGACUGCAAAUCAUCAAAAGAGGGGAUAUAUGGCUGUAAAAACUCAUUUUAUUGAUGAUUCUUGGAAUUUACACAGUCAGAUAUUGAGUUUUAAGUAUGUUCCGUGUCCUCACGAUGCUCCAGCACUACUUGAGGCCAUAAGAUCUUGUCUUAAUGAUUGGAAAAUAGAAGACAAGAUCAGUACAGUGACUCUCGAUAACUGUACUGCCAAUGAUGCCAUGAUUGAUCUUUUAAAAGGACAAUUUGAGCCUGACAAUUUUAUUUUGAAGGGAAAGUUGCUACAUGUGUGUUGUUGCACACAUAAUUUAAAUCCAAUUGUCAAAGAAGGCUUAUCUGUCAUUGGUGAUAGUGUUGACAAAAUUGGAGACAGUGUUGCUUAUUGGUCGGGCACACCAAAAAGACAUGAAAAAUUUGAAGACACUACUUGUCAACUUGGAGUACCAUACACCAAAAAGAUAUCAGUUGAUUGUGUAAUGAGGUAG